UAAUGUAUUCAAAACGCUGUUCGCAGUUUGUGUGUUCCAUCUGAUAUUUAAUCAAAGCCCCUAUUGGGAGAAGCUUUUCGUAUUCAGACGUAGUGCCGAGUAUAUGAGAUAUAAUGGACGCGGUAUAUAACGCAGCAAAGUCGAAAUUCUCAUCUGAGUUAGGAUCCAUGCAAUGAAGUACAUCGACAAAAGAAAAGGAAAUUCUUGAGAACAAAUUCCGUUAUUUGUCUUGCACAGAGCUGAGAGCAUCGUCAGAUGGAGUCACAUCUGCGGACCGUGAUGUCGUUUUGUCCAGAGACGCCGCGCCAGCGGAUCAAAUUAAUUCUUGGUCUAGUUUUCCUGAGUCUUUUCUUCGUCAUGGUGCACAACGGGUUCAACAGCCAUGAAAGGAGAGCCAUGGAAAAGAUCAGGCGUAAUAAGGAGAAUACGUUCCGUGGCGCUUGGAAGAGAAACCGAAAUGACAAGUCUCCACGACAGAAUAUAUACGCCGAUGAGAGAGCGCAGUUUAAAAAUCUAGUGGGUGCGCACGGAGAGGAAUUAACCAAAGAAGCGAAGAAUGCUUUAGUUACUUAUAGACUGAGCCCGCAGUAUUCGCAUCUAAGAACCCAAGCAGCUGACUUACUUACACAAGUGCACAAUGUGGGCCAGAAGCGGCGACUGAAUUAUUUCCUUUACGGAGAAUCUCUCCUCGGCUCUUGGUGGCAUCAUGACAUGCUUUGGGGCGACACUACGGUGGUCGUCUUCAUCGGAUCACGGACAAGGACAGAAUUUCGACAGGGGUUGCAAGCGCUUCCCGGCUACACCAUCACCGAUCGAGGGAUAUACUUCGAGUUCAAAGUCAAACCACCAAAGACAUACGUAAAGCUAAUCCGUAACCAUGAGAGGCUAACGAAUGCAAGACUUCGCAUAGAAUUCUAUAAUGAAAAUAUUACACAUAUCAGAGAGUCAGUUGGACGCCACCCUAUUUCCUUUAAGAAGACUCUGUUCUUUCCAAACCACAAGCGUCCAUUUUGUGGUGUAAACGCCAUCGUGCCACGGGACACCAUGGCUGUCCUCCAGAUAUUAUUCGGUCACAAUGACCUCUAUCCACAACCCCCGCUAGGACAUCGAGAUGAAAUUAUCCCUCAAGAUCAUCUCUUGAAGAAUGGUGUGAAAGUGAAAUGCAAAUCUUUAAUCGGGGUGGUUCCUUUCGUUGAUCGAGUCAUGACGCUUUACAAUAAUGUGACGAUGGUAAGGGAGGUGCUAAAGAUUGAUCGUGUGGCAUUCUUGAAUUCAGUUGAGCUGUCCGCACGAGGCGUUUGUCUCAUCCCCGUCCGACAUGCCUUGAAGUGUUAUCGUACUGAAAAAAAGGAUCACGGGGCUAUCGUGUAGGGGAUAAGUUGAAGUUGCCAGUCACAAAACAAUUACCCGGAUUGAAUGCAGGUUCAAUGUGUGCCGUUUACACAGAUGUUUUGGACCCGAUGUCGCUUUUUUAGCUCGUGUUGCGGCAAUGUUAUUGAUUGUUCUAAAUGCUUGGUUGUGACUAGGCGAACGGUCCUUAGGUCACAGGAUAACUUACCUUGUGUACACGAUGAAUGAUAUCAAUAAAUAUAUAGGUCU